CCUGGUCCAUUCUGCAAAGAAUGGAGUGUGUUUCCUUAACCCCCUUGGUGUUUACAUUUUACAAGCAUACAGAGAGAAAAAAGCUCCUACAGAAACCUUCGUACCUGUCAGAUGAGCUGCAGAAAAUUCCUAGGGUGAUUCCAGAGGAAGUAGAGCUUGAAUCUCUUGAUAUGAAUGACAAUCAGAUGCACCGAUGCUCAGAUGAAACAACCCCUACCAAGCAAAAUAUUCCCAGAGUGACUCCUGAGAAAGUAGAGCUUGAACCACUCUCUAAGGAUGAGAAGGAAGUCAAUCAGAUGCACCAAUGCUUAGAUGAGACAACCCCUACAACGAGAAAUAUUCCUGGAGUGAUUCCCAAAGAAGUAGAGCUUGAACCUCUGGCUGAAGAUGAGUGGGAUGGCAAUAAGAUGCAUCAAUGCGCAGAUGAGAUGACAACUACAAAGAAAAAUAUUCUUGGAGUGAUUCCCGAAGAAGUAGAGCUUGACCCUAUGACUGAAGAUGAGUGGGAUGGCAAUAAGAUGCAUCAAUGCGCAGAUGAGAUGACAACUACAAAGAAAAAUAUUCUUGGAGUGAUUCCCGAAGAAGUAGAGCUUGACCCUAUGACUGAAGAUGAGAGGGAUGGCAAUAAGAUGCAUCAAAGCGCAGAUGAGGCAACCCCUACAAAGAAAAAUAUUCUUCGAGUGAUUUCCGUAGAAGUAGAGCUUGAAUGUCUGGCUAAGGACGAGAAGGAUGUCAAUCAGAUACACCAAUGCUUAGAUGAGUCAACCCCUACAAAGAAAGAUAUUCUUGGGGUGAUUCCCGAAGAAGUUGAGCUUGAAUCUCUGGCUGAAAAUGAGGAUGAGAAGCUUUCUUCGGACAAUGGAGAUUUCAGUGAUGGAGGACCUCAGAAGAAAAGGGAUGAAAAGAAAAGAUGUACACAGCAGAAAAUAAAGAUUCAAAGAAGAGUCACUUCAAAGAAAAAAGAAUCUGUUGGAUGGGGAUCAAAAUCUCUAAUUGACUUUCUUCGGUAUAUUGGUCAAGAUACCAGACAAAAAUUAUCGCCAUAUGAUGUGACAUCGAUGGUAUGUAAAUAUGUAAAAGAACAUAACCUUAUCCAUCCAGUUGAAAAGAGAAGGAUCCUUUGUGAUGUUCAGUUAGAAUCUAUUUUUGGGAAAAAAGUGGUAAACAAAGAGAGAUUAUUUAGCCUCCUUGAAAGCCAUUUUGUUGAAAAUGAGGAGCGAUUACAAAAGGAUGAGCUUGAUCAUGACCUUGAAGACGAUGACACAGAAAUGUUGGUGGCUUCUAAAACUGAGAAAAAGGUUGAACAAACCAAAAGACCCUCAAUUUGGUAUUCAACUGCAGCACAAAGUCAAUUUGCAGCCUUGAUUCCUGAAAAUAUCAAACUUGUUUACCUGAAGAGGAGUUUGGUUCUGGAGAUGAUCAAGAAGCCUGAGUCAAUUGAAACCAAGAUUAUAGGAAGUUUUGUUCGGGUCAAGCUAGAACCACGUGAUUUUGAGCAGCAUAACUCUCAUCAGCUUGUGCAAAUUACAGAGAGUGUUUCAGGGAUUAAGCAUGGAUCAAGCGAUAAGUGCAAUAGCGAGAGUUUAAUUCAAGUUUCAAAUAUGGCUGGAGAUGUUUGCUUGACCAUGCUUUCUGAUGAUGAGUUUUCUAAGGAAGAGUGUGAUGAGCUCAGAAAGAAGGUGAAAGCUGGCCUUCAAAAAAAGCUUACAAUUGUGGAGGUUGAACAGAAGGCUAAAAUCCUUCAUGAGGACAUCACAAAUCAUAGAAUUGCUCGAGAGCUGGAACUUGCACUGCAGAAUAUUCCUAGAGUGAUUCCAGAGGAAGAAGAGCUUUAAUCUCUUGAUGGGAAUGACAAUCAGAUGCACCAAUGCUCGAUGAGACAACCCUAAAGAAAAAUAAUCUUGGAGUGAUUCCCGAAGUAGUACAGCUUGAACCUCUGGCUGAAGAUGAAAGGGAUGGCAAUAAGAUGCAUCAAGCCAUUCUUGGAAAACUUUAGUAGCUCGUCUCUAUUACCUUGGUAUUUUGAUUUUAGUUGUUACAAAGAUUAUUCAGUUCUAGCUUUGUUAUUUAUAUUACAGCCCGUUAAGACUUUUUCCGGACCGCUUUAGUUUCUAUAAGAAAAACCAGAUGUACUCAUUUUGAAGUUGCAUUUGCUCUUACCCCAUAUCAUGAUUCAUGAGAAGGGGUAUAUGGUGUAUUCUUUUCAACUUAAUGCAACUUAUCUCCCUUUUCCAG